AUGACCGUCUACCACAUCGUGCUCUUCCGUCUCAAACAAGGCGUCACCCCCGCCCAACUUGAAACCUGGUACACAGCCUCCCGCGGAAUGGUCGGAAAAAUCCCAGGCCUCUUGUCGCUGAAGACAAAUGCACCGUUGCCGAUCUGUGUCCCUCGAGCCAAGGGUUUUGAUAUGGGACUUGUCGCCGUUCUGGAGUCGCCCAAGCAUGUGGAGGAGUAUGCGGUUCAUCCGGCGCAUUUGGAGGUUCAGAAGGUGAGGGAGGAAUUGUGUGAGGAUACGCUGGCGUAUGAUUUGGAGUUCUGA